AUGGUUGAUAAAGAAAAGUCGUUGCUGGGUGAACGGUUAUUACGGGUGCUGUCAGCAUAUGUUGAAUUGAAAAACCGAAUUUACAAAAUUCAUCGGGAAGUUGCAGAUCUAAAAAAGCGCGCGGAUGAGCUUGGUGCUGGCUUGAUGCCAAAAAUGUUUCCGCUGACCGAUGCUGAGAAGAUUUUGGAUGAAAAAUUGGAAACGUUGCGCGUGAAUGUUGAAAGUAUUAGUCGACAGCUGCCGCAUGUUAGUUUUUGCACGGGUUCCCUAGCUUUGUCUGGCCUUCAUUGA